AUGGCAUCACAUUUUUCCAAUAAUGGGUCUCUGGCCGGGAAUACGCCACGAUCUGGUACUUCCUUAGCCGAUCUCCCUAAGACGAGUACCUUCACAACUAAGCUCCCACCUGAUUCUGCAUUUGAGACGCCAGACGCCUCCCAUGCUGCGCCUCGAGAGGCCCUGGGCCCUCGCUUGGUUAAAGGUGCGCUAUAUACAUAUGUUAGACCGGAACCACAAGAUGAGCCGGAACUCCUGGGGGUGAGCUCCCGUGCCAUGCACGAUAUUGGAUUGAAGCCCGACGAGGAGAAUACCCCGGCGUUUAAGGAUAUGGUUGCGGGGAAUAAGAUCUUCUGGAGCAAGGAAGACGGGGGUGUAUACCCUUGGUCUCAGUGCUAUGGAGGCUGGCAAUUUGGUUCGUGGGCCGGCCAAUUAGGUGAUGGUCGUGCGAUCAGCCUGUUCGAAGCCAUAAACCCGGAUACAAACAAGAGAUAUGAAAUUCAGCUAAAAGGUGCCGGCUUGACGCCUUACUCGCGGUUCGCUGAUGGUAAAGCAGUGCUUCGCUCCAGCAUAAGAGAAUAUAUAGUAUCGGAGGGUAGGUGUACCAUAACCCUCAAUCUAAAAAUUGUCAAAUCGGACACUAAGCAACACACAGCUAUAAAUGCCAUUGGAAUUCCCACUACACGAGCUCUUGCACUCACCCUGCUGCCGAAUGUUAGCGUUAGGCGAGAAAAAAUAGAACCAGGAGCUAUUGUCACUCGUUUUGCCGAAUCCUGGCUUCGAAUCGGCACUUUUGAUCUCCUUCGCGCCCGCAAAGAUAGAGACUUAACCAGAAAAUUAGCCACUUACGUUGCCGAAGAUGUCUUCCCUGGCUGGGAGUCGCUCCCAGCUGCGUUGAAUUUCCAAGAAAACAACCUUCCUCCUGCCGAUAUAGAUAACCCACCAAGAUGUGUUCCGAAAGGCGAGAUACAGGGAGAAGAAGGAGCAGAGCAAAACAGAUUUACCCGGCUAUAUCGUGAGAUUGUACGUCGUAAUGCGAAGACAGUUGCGGCAUGGCAAGCAUAUGGUUUCAUGAACGGUGUGUUGAACACCGACAAUACCUCGAUUUUUGGCCUAUCACUUGAUUAUGGCCCGUUUGCUUUUAUGGACAAUUUUGAUCCCAACUAUACGCCAAAUCAUGACGAUCAAUUGCUACGCUACUCAUAUAAGAACCAGCCCUCGAUUAUAUGGUGGAAUCUCGUCCGCUUAGGAGAAUCAUUUGGGGAACUAAUGGGCGCGGGAGACAAGGUUGACGAUGAAGUUUUCGUGUCUAAAGGAAUCACAGAGGAUUUUGCCCCGAUUCUCAUAAAAAGGGCGGAGACUUUGAUCGACAACGCCUCGAAAGAAUUUCGAACGGUGUUUUUGAAUGAAUAUAAACGGUUAAUGACGGCACGAUUGGGGUUAAAGACCCAAAAAGAUUCAGAUUUCGAGAAAUUGUUUUCGGAUUUACUUGAUACCCUUGAAGCACUUGAACUGGACUUCAACCAUUUUUAUAGAAAACUCUCGGGACUUGCUGUCAAUGACGUGAGCAGUGACGAGAGUAGAAAAAGGACCGCCAGUAUAUUUUUCCAUGAGGAAGGUAUUGGUGGCGUUGGCAAUACUGAUGAGUCUGCUAGAGAACGACUUGCCGGCUGGCUCUCUGCAUGGAGAGAGAGGGUAGUGGAAGACUGGAGCAUGGGCUCCGAUGUCGAACGGCAAACCGCAAUGAAGGCGGUAAAUCCAAAGUUCCUUCCACGGUCCUGGGUGCUGGAAGAAGUGAUACACCGUGUUGAGCGCCAAGGUGACAGAGAGAUACUUGGUCGUAUCAUGCAUAUGGCUCUCCAUCCCUUCCAGGAGGAGUGGGGGUGGGAUAGAGUGGAAGAAGAGAGAUUCUGUGGCGACGUACCUCGCUUUAAGAGAAUGGCUAUGUGCAGCUGUAGCUCUUAA